UAAGACCGCAGUUUUUGUUCUGUGCCCUGUGGAGUUCCAGAUUAUGUAUACACUCAAGCUGUUGUGCUUGACUUUGCUUUGGAUAGCAGCCUCAGGAUCUGAAGUUGUCCUACAAGCGGAUCCAUUGGUUGUUGAGAUCCCAAAUGGAAAAAUUCAGGGCAGAGAUAAUGGCCAGUACUACAGCUACGAAUCGAUUCCCUAUGCCGAGCCUCCAACUGGUGCUCUCCGUUUCGAGGCACCUCAGCAGUACAGUCAUCAUUGGACAGGCCUUUUCAAUGCUACUCGGCCUCCAGUUGCCUGCUUACAAUGGAACCAGUUUGAAACCAAAGACAAUAAGCUGAUGGGUAAUGAAGACUGCUUAACGGUGAGCAUCUAUAAGCCAAAGAAACCCAGUGGGAGCAGGUUUCCUGUCGUGGUCCUUCUGCAUGGAGGUGCUUUCAUGUUCGGUGGUGGAUCAGUAUAUGGACAGGAUUACAUUAUGCGUGAGGGACAGUUGCUCUUGGUAAAAAUAAGUUACCGCGUUGGACCAUUGGGUUUUGCAAGCACCGGUGAUAGGGACUUGCCGGGAAACAAUGGCUUAAAGGAUCAACGUCUGGCUCUACAAUGGAUCAAGAAGAACAUUGCCCACUUUGGCGGCAUGCCUGAUAAUAUUGUGGUCAUUGGUCACUCUGCAGGCGGUGCCUCGACUCACUUACAGCUCCUGCAUGAGGACUUCGGCCAGUUGGCCAAGGGAGCAAUUUCGGUGAGCGGCAAUGCCCUGGAUCCUUGGGUUAUUCACAAGAGUGGACGACGACGUACAUUUGAACUGGGUCGGAUAGUCGGUUGUGGACAGACAAAUGUCUCAGCAGAACUCAAGGACUGCUUAAAGUCUAAGCCGGCUAGCGAAAUAGUCUCUGCUGUCCGAAGCUUCCUUGUGUUUUCCUAUAUGCCUUUCAGUGCUUUCGGACCUGUUGUGGAGCCAGCAGAUGCCCCAGACGCCUUUCUUACCCAGGACCCAAGAUAUGUGAUUAAGAGCGGAAAGUUUGCGCAAGUCCCUUGGGCUGUGACAUACACCACCGAGGAUGGAGGAUACAACGCUGCUCAGCUGUUGGAAAGAAACAAAACCACCGGAGAGAGUUGGAUUGACCUACUCAAUGAUCGAUGGUUUGACUGGGCUCCAUACAUGCUUUUCUAUCGGGACUCCAAGAAAACCAUUAAGGAUAUGGAUGAUCUUUCAUUUGAUCUCAGGCAGCAGUAUCUAGGAGAUCGGCGAUUCAGUGUGGAAAGUUAUUGGGAUGUGCAGCGAAUGUUUACUGAUAUUCUCUUCAAGAAUAGCGUGCCAAGCUCAAUAGAUCUUCACCGAAAGCAUGGCAAAAGUCCGGUUUAUUCAUUUGUCUACGAUAAUCCUGCCGACUUCGGAGUGGGUCACUUGUUUUCCAAUCGCACUGACGUAAAUUUUGGUACUGUACACGGAGACGACUUUUUCUUGAUUUUUAAUCCAGGUCUAUUCCAAAAAUACAAGCGUCCGGAUGAAGAAGUUAUUUCAAAAAAGUUUAUAAAGAUGCUGGAGGAUUUCGCCCGUAACGAUGAGGGAACAUUGACAUUCGGAGAGUGUAUUUUUAGAAAUAAUGUGAACAGCGAAGAAUACCAAGUGCAGCGAAUUUCUCGGAACGCUUGUAAGAACGAACAAUAUGCUGAGUUUCCCUAAAGAAUGUAAGCUGUAUGUAAAUGUAUGCAUGCAAGAAAUGUGAACAGUGUAAUAAUAUAAUUAAAGAACAAAUUUAUUAAACCUUCAUGCCGCCUCAAUCGUCAGCGGUUCCUCAAU